UUCCUGCUCAUCAUCCCAAUUCCCAAACUUGAGUCUCCUACACAACAACAACACAAACUAGUUCCUCUGUUUCUGCUCUUUUUCGGUAGCAAGUGAGAAAUUUAGUAGUAAUCCAGAGAAUAAAGGAAAAUGGCGAAUUCCCACAUAGCAAAGUUCAUCACAGAGGUAGCACCGCCGCGGUACGUUAGUGUCAUGAGGCGCAGAGCAUCAUCCAAGAUGCUGGAUACCAUCUCCGAAGAGGAUAGAGAUUUCACCAUUGACGCCAACAGCUUCGACGCUUUCUCUUCCGAUGAUUCCCUCACUUUCGUUGAUUCCUCUCCUUCGUUUGCUGCUGCUAAGUCCGAAUACUUGCUCAUCGGGAUCCAAAGAACUCUUGUUUGUGUCUGAAAAACCAGAGAGCUUCCUUUGUGUGGCUUGGCUUCUUAGAAGAAGUGCUGCAGUUUUGUUCUGUCCAUUCCCUCCCUCUUUGUUGCUUUGGGUUCCAGUUGAGGCAGGGGAACUCUGUUUUGUUUUGGUCAGAGAUUGUUUGUGCCUUUGUGGACUGAAGUUUGCAGUAGAUGGCUUGUAAUGUUUGAAUAUAUUUGUCUAUGCUACUGCUACUGCUACUUACGCCUUCUAUUAUUAUCAAUUAUGCUAAUGCAUUAUACGAUAAUUAACCUCUGAUGUUACCAAUUAAGAUAGAUAGUAAGAUGAUGAUGAUGAUGAUAUUUGAACGGCUCUACAUCAAUUGCCUUCUCUUUCGAGCAAAACCUUGUCCUCAAUAUUUGAUCGAAACCAUCCUCCUUUGCUACUUAUCCUCCUCGAAGUUGUUAAACAUCAAGCUGAUGUGGGAAUUGGUGCACCGAUGUCUCAUCGUGUAUCGACCAUCGUAGACGUAUCAAAAUCCAUUUGUUUAACGAUGAGUCAUCUUCACCGAAGUCAUCAUGAUAGUAUAUGCUCCUACCAAGUUGUUGUAGCCCUUGUUGUUGUCAAGAACUCCAACUGUUUCUCUAUACCAAUGGAAUCAUUGCAACCCUACCGUGCAUAUGAACGAUUUAGAAUUAGGGUUUUUGAAUUUUUCCUGAGCAACACCUAGCAGCACAUCUUAACCCAAGUCAACAAGGAGAAAGGAACUUAGCCAUCCUCUUUUGUGAACAUAUUGCAAACUAUGAUUCUUUUGUUACACAUUAUCAUGAUGAGAUUCCAUUCAUGGAUCUAUCAUGUUUGAUAUAGAUCCAUCUUCGCAUCGAUCCCACAUAUGUCUAUUGAGUUCAAGCUCAAAUGAACACAUCAUUUGACUUGGCUUGGCCAGCCACUUCGUAGACAAUAUUCAUCGAAGGGCUCAUUGAUAUUAUACUCCUUUAAUUAGGAGGGAAAUCCUUAACUUGCAUUGUCAGAUCCCUUGCAUACCUACUACCUAGUGCUUGUACCCAAUGACUAUCCACUUGGUGCACUAUUUAAUACCAUCAGGCAUAGUAUCAAAGUAUGGACACUUAGAUGUAGUAACUUCUGAUAAACUCAACUCUAGGAAUUCUUACUUACUUAGAACAUUGUGAUCACAUUAUAAGUUCCCCGUAAAUAGGUAUCCAUGUCUCCUAUCUCGGCUGCGGAUCAACCCAACCAACAAGUCCUUUAUCCUUAAAAAUUCAUCAAAGGUGUCACUUAACUCACUUCUCCUUAUUACCACUAUCUUGCAUAAAAGCACAGAAAAUGCAAUUAACAACUCUAGGCUUCAGUUAGUUCUUAGCAAGGAACAACUGGAAACCCUACAACUCCGAUAUUUCCGGAGCGGCACUUUUCUCUGUCCCGACUCUAUGCGUCGCCGCCAUCUACAAUGAGCGUUGCCACACAAGUCAUAUAUAGAAAUCGACACAUGCACAAACAACGCCCGAACAAAUAGAAUUCACUAUUUCUCCUUAAUGAAUUUAGUUCCCCUCUACGAUACCCAAGGUUAUUGGAACUAUUCCUCCCAGGAUAGAACGGACGUACCUUUUCUGGCUGUACCGGUACUUGAAACACCAGAAUCCGACGAACGCAACAAUCGGAGAGAAGUCACACGACUCUGUUUUUUCUUUAUGAGUUUGUAGAGAGGAAAUGCAAUGAAGAAUGAAAAAUUCUUUUUAUC